AUUGCAAACAAAUCUCACGCACAGGCGUCGCUUACCGCCAGCCUUCCCUCUGCGCGCUUUCGGUGCAAUCCGCGCCCGAGCAGCGCAGGGGAAACGCCGCGACAGCUCUUAAAUGAAACGAGGAAAUCCUGCACCAAAAGCGGGAGACGGUAAACAGCAACUCGGCAAUCCUAUAUGGUGUGUUGCCUUAUUUUAUUUCCUCAGGCUGGUUUGAGCUAAGGUGUUCGAGCUGUUAUAAGUGGGGGAGAAACAGAGGGAGGCUAGGAGAGAGACACUGAGCUGCAGAGAGUGUGCUAGCUUGCCUCCAUGUCUUCACCUGUCAAUAAGAAGUCUACAUCAGGGUCCCACAGUUUUGACUAUUGCAGGUUUAUAGAGCUAGACUACAUCCCCAUGGAGGCAGGCAUUAUGGUCUCUAUGAGGCAGAGCCGAGGAUUUUUGACCCCCAAGUCUCCGGAGCGCCAGUCUCGGCGGAGUCCAGCGCCUAUCAGUAACCGUGAUCCCUAUGGCAAUGCCUCUCUCAGCAGCAGCAGCAACUCAGGAUCAUGCAAGGGGAGUGACUGCAGCCCCACCCCCAGGCGCCAUAUGAAAUACACAUCCUGCACGGAUAACCAUGGUAUUAAGCCACCUCCUCCUGAGCAGUACCUGACCCCUCUGCAGCAGAAAGAGGUGUGCAUCAGACAUCUGAGGGCACGGCUCAAAGAGACUGUUGAACGACUACAGGACAGAGACACAGAGAUAGAUGAGUUGCGGACUCAAUUGUCCCGGAUGCAGGAGGACUGGAUUGAGGAGGAGUGCCAUCGUGUUGAGGCCCAACUGGCCUUGAAGGAGGCACGGCGGGAGAUCCAGCAGCUGAAGCAGGUCAUUGAUGUUGUACGCUCCAGCCUGGGUGAGGCAGACUCUGGUGUGCAGAAGUGCUUCCAAGACAUCAAUGUCCAGAACCACAAGUUGGAGACUCUGCUGCAGAGCAUGGAGCUGGCACAAGCCGGAGUGGCAAAAGUUGCAGAGGCCCCAGCUGGGGGUGGGGCGGUGGGGGCAGGGCCAUGGGUUGGUGAGGGGUCAGUGGGCUCUUGUGAAGAUUCACCGGCCCGCUCACUAACACGCAGCUCUACCUACACCAAACUGAGCGAACCUACACCAGCCGAACGCAAUGAAAGUGGCAGUGGCUCAGAUAUGGCGUGCUGUCUUUCAGCGGAGGGUACUCAGGACAGUGGUUUUGUAUGCUGUGGGGAGAUGGAAGGGAGUGGAGCCACAAGGGCUGAGCUGCUGCUGGAGGCUGCUUGCCUAUCAGAGGAAACAGCAUCACUGCUGAGCACUUGCUCACGCCUGCCACACUCAGCUACCUAUGAGACACUAUGCUGUGGAGAGACAAGGAUGUUACCACUGCACUGCAGCCUUGGUAGACCUGCCGGAGGAGAGGCAGCCAUGAGUAUCAGCCACCCCUGCCUGUCGCAUCACCACCUGUACCUUCACCACCUACGAGAACAGGCAAUUCAGACAGAAUAUGACUCUGGACCAGCCUCAGCCCCUGUCCAUGGAGCUGCUUUUGGCUCUGACUUGGACACUAUUGCUGAGGUUCGCACUUUCCGCUCUCAGGCCUGCAGCCCCACCUCCACUUGGCUGUCAGAUGAGGGUGACGCUCUAGACUCGGUCACUACAGAGUCUGUCAUCAUGGCCACAGCUGGGGAGAAAGCCAUUUUCACAGAGACUGUCUCCACCGAGUCAGCGCUGGCGCUAGGUGCCACUGAGUCUGCCGUGACAAUGGCUGUUGUUGAUGAUUCUUUUGCUGUGUUGCCCACUGCAACAGCAAUGCCAGAGACUGAUUCUGCACCAAAUCCAUCUACUCAAGAUCCACCCCCAAGCCCUGAUUCUGCCUCCUGCCCUGUGCCAGUGACACCACUGGUGGAGGAGAAUGGAGAGCCCACCCCACAAACCACCCAGCCACAGUGUGUAGGCUCACAGGCCAACAUCAAUGGGGUCACUGUUGUAGAGGUAGAUGAGGAUAAUGAAGAAGACAAAGACGAAGGGGCAGCCAGCGCAACAGGCUCUGGCUGUGGUAUGCCUGUUAAGAGCUACUGGAGCCGCCAUUUUUUAGUGGAUCUCUUGGCUGUGGCAGUGCCAGUGGUACCCACAGUGGCGUGGCUGUGUCGGGGCCCACGGUGUGGAGGCCAGCCCAUGUACCACAUUGGAUCAUUGCUGCGUGGUUGCUGUACCGUAGCCCUGCACUCUCUGCGCCGAGGGGGAGGUAUGCGCCAUUACCCUGCAGGGGGAGGUGGGGCUGGAGGCAUAAGUAUAUGAGCUCAAACCUUGAGUACCAGAGAGGAUCCUCAAGCUGCUCAUAAUGCUGUUUGCAGAUCAGGCUGGCAGAGACUGUGGGGUGUUAAUGAACAGUUGACAGGUUAGGCAGCAAGAUUAGCACUACACCUUGAUCAUUCGUUAAAUCCUAAGCAUCACAGCUCUAGUCCAGAUAUAGUGUGUAGUCCUGAUAUAGGACAGAAGCAAGUGGGAGAAGUGUUUUAAUAAUAAAUCUUUAUUGAAAACAUGUCCGUCCUUUCUGGUUUUAUAAAAUGGUACCAUUUACUUUUCAUCUGUGACCAUGUUAUCCACGAUUUGUUGUCAGGACAAGAAGCUGCUGAUGGUCAUCUGACAAACACGAACAAGGUUGUUGGUAUUUUCAGGAGUAUAAACAGGGUGAAGAACACAAUGUCUAAUUCUCUGUCUUCCUGUCUCCUGAUCCUGUGUUGUACUCUUCUGGUCGAAUCCAAUAAGUUGGGGGUUUAAAAAAACUAUAUGUGAGUGUUAAUACAUCUGAGUUUGUGUUUGUGUUGUGUUGUUGUGCAGUGUAGCUGAAGCACCUGAACAACUGGAGAUGAUUGAUGCUGCGAUUGUUGUAGGUGCAUGGUUAGGUCUCCCAUUAUAGUACUGCUAAUCUAUUUAAAAGCUUCACAUAGACUACUGGUGUUCAAGGUGGCUUCUCCUGCUAGAACAUUCAUAGGCAAAAAAGUACAUGAAACAUAUUAGCUUUAUUGUUCUAAACCAAAAUGAGUGUCUGAAAGACAAAGUACUGGAUUACUGUUAGAGGACUUUUGGGCUUCUAGAUGGGCUACAUUUGCAAAAAUUAAAGCAUUGAAGGAUGCAUGGAGAACAAGCAAUCAUACAAUGUUUAUAGUAAUAAUAAUAAUGAAGUUUAAUUAUGAUGAUCAGAAUUUAAGAACAGGUCUAUAGAUCUGUUUCUGUAUAGGUACAUUUCAUGUUUUUUUGCACUUUGAGAAUUUGUCAAUGUUAAUAGUCCCUGUACUGUAGUUAUGCUGGUAGUGUCUCAUUUUUCAGUGUUUUGUGUUACUGAAGUGUCCCCAUGUACAGUGGGGGAAAUAAGUAUUGGACACAUCAGCAUUUUUUUCAGUAAGUAUAUUUCCAAUGAGCCUAUUCACAUGAAAUUUUCACCAGACAUCAGUAUUAACUCAAGAAAUCUGGAAAUAUAAAUAAUUCACAACAUUAAAGUCCAUAAAUAAAGUGGACGUUAUGUAUAACGUAAUUAAAUAACGUGUAACUUGUAAUUAAAUAUGUGUAAUAAAGUGGAAUGACACAGGAAAAAAGUAUUGAACACGCUAAGAAAAAGCAGUUCUCCAAGGCAAGGAACCAGCUGAAAUCCGUAAGUAAUUAUACCUCCUAUCUGUGCAAAUUAAUAUCAGCUGGGUUAGUAAAUUGAUGGUCUAUAAACGCUUUUCGUUACCAAGGUGUCAAACAAGAAACAUCUCAUGAUGGGUAAAAGCAAAGAGCUCUCCCAAGACCUUCACAACCUUAUUGUUGAAAAACAUAUUGAUGGAAUUGGAUACAGACGUAUUUCAAAACUUCUGAAUCUUCCUGUAAGCACCAUUGGGGCCAUUAUCCACAAAUGGAAGCAACAUCUCUCCGUCAUCAACCGACCAUGCACAGGAGCUCCUCACAAGAGUUCUGACCAAGGAGUCAGAAGAAUAGACAGAAGAGUAGCCCAAGAGCCAAGGACCGCUCAGAAAGAGCUCCAGAGACACUUGGAGGCAGCAGGUGCCAUCGUCACAGAGAAAACAAUAAGCAAUGCACUCCACUGCUCAUGCUCACCCUGCAAGUCUCCAUUACUAAAGAAAAGGCAUGUCAAAGCUCGUUUAAAGUUUGCUACAACUCAUUUGGACAAGCCUAUGAAAUACUGGGAGAGUGUAUUCUGGUCAGACAACAGCAAAAUUUUACAUUUUGGCUGUCAUAUUACACACCAUGUUUGGAGAAGAACUGCACAUCACCCUUAAGACACAAUACCAACAGUGACGUUUGGAGGUGGAAGCUUCAUGGUGUGGGGCUGUUUUUCAUCGGAUGGUACUGGCAGACUUCAUGUAAUUGAAGGAACGAGGAAUGGAGCCCUUUACCGGAAGAUUCUUGAGAAGAAUCUGCUGCCAUCCACCAGGAUGAUGAAGAUGAGCUGUGGGUGGACCUUCCAGCAGGACAACGAUCCAAAGCAUAUAGCAAAGGAAACUCACGAUUGGUUCAGAAAAAAAAAAUCAAGGCAUUAGAAUGACCCAGUCAAUCGCCUGACGUGAAUCCAAUUGAACAAGAUUUAAAGACAAUGAUUAGAAGAAUGGGUCAAAAUCACACCUGAAUACUGCGGCCGAUUAAUUUCUUCAUACAAGAAGCGUCUUGAAGCUGUCAUUACAAACAAAGGCUUCUCCACUAAGUAUUAAAUAAAUUUCAGUUAGCGUGUUCAAUACUUUUUUCCUGUGUCAUUCCACUUUAUUACACAUAACAUUAUUUAUGGACUUUAAUGUUGUGAAUUCUUUAUAUUUCCGGAUUUUUUGAGUUAAUACUGAUGCCUGGUGAAAAGCCUCAUUGGAAAUAUAUUUACUGAAAAAAAUUGACACGCCCUAUACUUAUUUCCCCCACUGUAAACGUUUUCACUGAAUCAGCUCUAUGUUGUGUGACAUUUCCUGAUUAUCACUUGCACUAAAAUUCACUUUAUCACCAAGUUACUUGAAGUUUAGUGUGUAUGCAAUGUUCAAUGUUCAUGGGGCAGAUAUUCAGAGAUUCAGUGAUUCAGUCAUCUAUACCCAUGUAGAUGUACAUAUUCUUAAUAAUGGACAAAUUGCUAUAAACGCUAAUCAGAUAUAAAUUAUAAAGCAUUGGAUAAGCAGUUAAUAUAAAUAAAACUUACUGUUUUAUUCUCAUUAUAUGUUUGAUUGCAACCUUCAUUAGUUCCCUUUUGAUCUACACUCCACUCUGUGUGGACUCACUGCUUGUGCUGUCAGCUGACUUUUAUGUAUUGCAGUGUACUUUCACACAGAUAGUGUGUAACCAUAUGAUUUUCUAGCUUUUGCUUUCUCCUUCUAAAACCAAAUGGCAAUAUGUGUGUUGUGCAUUGAAAAUAUUCACAGACCUGUGGUGUUACAUCUUAAGUAAAUAUACAAGCCUCAUUCUGGCUGUUGCGUGUGAUUUUAUGACAUUGAACAUGUGGCAUACAUUUAAUUAUUUUUCUUAAUAAUUACAUAUUUUAGGUUAUGAUUGUUUUAGAUGAUGAAUGUGUGGCUUGAUGUAUUAUUUGUUCUGAAAAGGUUAAAGGAUCUUCAAGGAAUGCCAUUUUGGUCCAAACUUGACAGCAAUCCAUUACCUCUUAUUUAUUAACAAGUAAAAAGCCAUUUAAAUGAUCUUCAAUGCAGUUGAUAGCAAGAUGAAAAGUUGUUUGCAUUGAAGUGAUUAAUAAGGCCUUGAAAGUUUUCUGUAAAGCCAUAUUCUACUAAAGGAUUGUAUGUGCAACCUACAUUAAAGAAAUGUACAUGAUUUAAUGAAGAAUCCCUUUUGUAUCAGCGAGGGGACUUCAAUUUGUGUGUGAGGGUCUGUGUAUGUUUUGAAAUGUGUGCUUAAAAUGGUUGAUGGAUCUUUUUAUUCCAUUGCAAUCUUUGUGGUCCUUUUGAAUGUCUUGUUCUAAAUCUAACAGAUUUAUGAAUCAUAAUUAACCCCAGACAAACUGUUAUUUAGACUACAUGUGACUUAAUGAAUUACCAACUAGGGGCCAGAUUUUUGCAAACCAUCACAGGAUCAUGAAUAAUCACGACAAUGUAUGAAAGUAUUAUUAGGCACUCUGUUCACCUUAUACCAUUAACACCACAAGGCUUUUAAAAAAAAUACAGGCCAGCAUUGCUUAAACACAUAAGAUUUGGUAUUUUUACAUUUGGGCAUAGUAGAACAUAUUCCCUUUAGUUACUUGAAGCUUUCACUUCCAAGUUUGGUAUUUAUCUCAGCAUACAACAGAAGAACAGAAUGUCAUAUGCAUCACAUAAUACGUGUGAAUGAUAGCACUCUAUAUUUUUUUAGCUAUGCGUAAAUUAUGUUACACUUCCAAACAAUGUGUAAAAAUGGAGGUAAAAUGAGGAACAAUAAAAUUGUUUCUUUCAAUGUUUGUAAUGUCAUUUGUUAAGUUGUUUGUCAAACAAAUAUGGAUAAACAGGUCUAUUAGCAACUGUAAGAUAGCCAUUUUAAUAGUAAUCAGAGUGUACAGGAAUCUUUGUUCAUGGCAGUCAUUUCAUUUUAAUGCACUACUCUGUAUAAAAAGAGACUAUAUUAAACAGCAUGGUGAAUAUACUCCCUUCGUUUUUGCAUUCAAAUGUCUGUCUUUUUAGCCAUUUAAAAAAUGUCUAACUAUUCUGCUCAAGACACAGUUCUCACCUUACCCAAUAAUGGUCAUUUGCAAACGGUUGUUGCACUAAAGUAAACACCCUCACAGCACUGCAGUCUCUUCAGGGGUUGAGCUAGUCAAAAUAUUACACCAUCUUAUACGACUAGAAUUAUUUAUUUGAUUUUAUUACAAGUAUGUUGAGGCUAUAUCUGAAUACAUUGUAGCGAUCAUAGAAUUUACAUAAUUGUAGCAGAAAGUGUCCUCAAUUAUUUAUACAUUUCAAAAAGACAACUAAAAUGAAAUUAUAUAUAUAUAUAUAUAUAUAUAUAUAUAUAUAUAUAUAUAUAUAUAUAUUUAUUUUUUAAACAAAGACUAAUCAAAUCAACCUUGUUUACAGUCUGGCAGUGUAAAUCCUUCUUGGCACAUAGGUGUGAAUGGUACACUCUUAACAAGGGAACUUGAUGAACCCUGUGCAUAGUGGGUGACUUUUCAUAGAUUUAGAGUACUGAACUCAAUGCCCACAAUCCUUAUCUGUCUUCGGAAGCCCAGGAACAAACUUAUUCCUUAUUUUUCUUUGCCCACUAACUAAUCAGAAGAUGCAAGUUUAAAAAUAACAAACAAACAAAAAAAACAGAUAAUACUCUGGGAUAUGUGAUGGAUUAUUAUUGUUACAUAUAAAAUACAAUUAAACAAUGCAACAGUAACAAAGAA